GUCAAUCUCUCCGCCCAUCAGAAGUACAACCGUUUGUGCGUCAUUUCGCUUGAUUCACUGAAGUAAAUUCUAGCGUGUAUUUGCUAGUCCGCUCAAAAUUCUUCCUGGACGCCAUCAAUCACUUUCUGUAUCAAACGCGCUUUUGUACUCAUUCUUGUGCAACUCCCACAAUUCGAAAGAUAUUGUUUGUCACACAAAAGAGCCCCCAAACUCAUCCUCAUCAUGACUGCGCAAGGACAUCAGGCAACCCAAGAUCUACUCGAUGACCGUUUAGGUACUCGAUCUAUGGGACGCCGGUUGACAGAAAUUUGCUACCACGAUUUGACGCGGCACAAAGCAGAAGAAACCCGACUGAUUACUCCCUUGACCCUCCGGAUCGGCGAAAUCGCCCUUGCUCGACAGAUUGCAGCGUUUGAACAAGAUUUGCUAACUCAACAAGAACAACAACACAUCUCGACGAGAUCCACUGGGAACUUUCAUCGGGAGGCCGUGGAAAAGGCCUUUCGCGAUCGGAACAUUCCUCAACUCGUCACCAUGCUGCGGGACGCCGUCCUCCGCCAUCAAGCCCGUGUCCAAGAACGCGUGCUGCAUGCACUCCGAGCGCUUCUAGAGUCUCCCCGUGAAGGAAGUAAAGAUCAAGCAUACUUUAAGAAUUGCAUGGUUAACUGUGGUGUUCUACAAGGCAUUGCCGACUGUAUGGCUCGACACCCGGACUCAUCCAAAAUUCAACGCCACGCAACCGCCAUUUUGCUGAACCUUCCUUUCUUUGAUCCGCGCAACGACAUCGACAAGAGCCCAGUAAAUGCUACGAACGAACGUAUCUUGCGCGACUCGCGACAGGCCGUGGAUGUGACUAUGGUCGAUCUCAUGGUACAGGCCGGUUGUCUGGAGCUAAUGUUGGUUGCGGUCCAGACCAACGCGUACGACGUGCACUACAUUGUCCCCGGGGACGAAGAAGGCAAUUACGAACGUUCAUUGGCGAAUAUUCAAAUUCCGAUCGUUUGCCGUGGUAUCGAUGUCAGAUCCUCUCGCCUACUCAAGAGCUUUUCGUUCUUGCGACAAUGUAUGGCUUCCUUACUGAGUGAUAAUCAAAUGUCACCCAAGACUCUGGCAUCCUUUUUGCAUCCUCAGAUGGACACGAAAUAGACGAGAAUCGAUUGACGCACGGCAAAACCUGCCGCAUAUUUGUAAAGGCGUCCGUUGCUUGCGGCUUGUUCAUUUGCAGUGAAUGCUGCCAUUUUGUGAUAAUAUAAUUGUUGUCCCUUGUGAAUAUUAACCACCAACAAACUCACUACGUU